AUGUCGAUCGACAGCUUCGAAGAUACCAAUGCCAUGGCUGCCAUGCUCAGUGCCAUGAUGAAGCGAUCAUACACAGCAGUGCCUGCCGACACCGAGAAAGACGCCAUGCUGGGGCGAGCAUCCUGCCUCGCCAAGGGAGACGAUGCGAUUGAAACAGGCAGUCAAUCCUCGGCAGAGACUGCGUACGAUGGAUCUCAACCACGAUCAGAGAGAGAGCACAGCCCCAUGAACGCGCGAAUAGUGUCUGAUGCUAUCAUCGGUCUCUCAGACGGCUUGACGGUGCCCUUUGCUCUCACCGCCGGCCUCUCUGCCCUAGGCGACACCAAGGUGGUUGUCUUUGGUGGUCUGGCUGAGCUCAUUGCAGGUGCAAUCUCAAUGGGCUUGGGCGGCUACCUGGGUGCGAAAAGUGAAGAGGCCGCAUACAACGCCACAUACCGCUCGACACGCUCACGAGUACUCCAGUCGAGCGGCAAUCUCUCCUCGGAGAUUUCAUCUAUAUUUGCACCCUACCAUCUCUCACCGUCCCUUCUCAAGGACUUCACCCACCAGCUCAUUACAUCCAACAGUCCAGACACUGUGGUGGACUUCCUCAUGCACUUCCAACACAACACGCCCGAGCCGGCGGCCAGUCGCGCGGUGGUGUGUGCCAUUACGAUCGCGUUGGGAUAUUUCGUUGGCGGCUUCGUACCGCUGCUCCCAUACUUCUUCGCCAGUCACGUCACAGAAGGGCUUAUCUGGAGCAUCAGCGUGAUGAUUGUUGCAUUGUUCGCUUUUGGCUACGUCAAGACAGGGUUGGUGGAGGGAUGGCGAGGUUGGAGAUGCGUCCAGGGCAAUCUCAAGGGUGCGGGGCAGAUGGUGGUAAUUGGCGGUGCAGCAGCAGGUUGUGCCAUGGGCGUUGUGCGGCUGUUCAACUCGUUGCAGUAA